AGUCGUUCGCAAAAAGGAGAUCUCGCAGAUUGGGAUCUGUGGAUGGACGGCCAUGGGUUGUUGCGGAUCUAAGAAGAGGGCUCCAAAGGAGAGCCAAAGCACGUGGAGGUUAUCGCCCCAGCGCCGGUUGCGCCGGUUGCGCCGCCGGCGGCGGAGUCGGCGCCGAAGCCGAAGCCGGAGUCGCCCAAGCCGAAGCCAGUGCGCUUUGCGCCGGGCUUCAGGAUAGGCCUGGGCGCCCAAUUUCCGAACUUCCAGUGCAGAACCACCCAUGGCAAUUUCAGCUUCUACAGCUUUCUGGAGAAGAGCCCAGGCUGGACCAUGCUCUUCUCCCAUCCCAAGGACUUCACUCCGGUCUGCACCACUGAGAUCGGUACCUGCCAUGUGCUGCUGCGAGACUUCCAGAAGCGCAAGGUGCAGCUCAUCGGCCUGAGCUGCGACUCGGUGGAGCAGCACAAAGCCUGGUACCAGGACGUGCUGUCCGUGAAGAACGUGGAGCUCUAUAAGGAUAUGGGCUUCCCACUGAUCGCUGACGAGACCCGCGAGAUUGCGGAGCUGCUGGGGAUGCUGGACCCUCUGGAGAUCUGCGACGACGACAAGCUGUCGAUGCCUGCCCGCGCGCUGUUCCUCAUAGGCCCUGAGAAGCGAUGCCGGUACAGCAUCCUCUACCCGGCCACCACCGGUCGGAACUUUGCAGAGAUUUUGCGGGUCAUCGACUCCUUGAUCGUGAGCAACAUCUCAGAGGUGGGCACGCCUGCGAACUGGCACCCGGGGGAUGACGUGAUGCCGGCCAUGCACCUGGCGGAGGCGGAGCACAAGGGCGCCCAGGAGAAGAGCGUCCCCUCGGGGCGCAGAUACAUGCGGCACCUGCCCAUGGCAAUGCCCGUGGCAAAGCCGGUGAAGCCCUCGCCACAUGUGACGCCUGUGACGUCCGACUUCAAGAUCCAGCUGGGUGCGGUGUUCCCCGACUUCGACUGGUGCGCCACGAAGCAGGGCAUCAACCGCUUCCACAAGCUCUUGGAGCGUCUGAAGGGGCGGUGA